GUAGCUAGUCAGUACACGUGGAACCUCCAUCGUGGUCACACCUCCACAUCUCUGUUCUUCAGCCCCUGCCUUAGUUCGUGGCGCCUGGGACGCUCCUGACACCGUCAACAUGAAGCUGCUACUUUUGUUCGCUUUCUGCGUCGUCAACGUCGCUCUUGUUCACGCAUUUGACUCAACCGACGACAACCAACGGAAAUCCGCAAAGAACGUACCAUCAGAUCGAGGUAUUAAGUCUACCGGCGAGAGGAGCUCAGGCCAGAUACGUAAAUCCGAGAGUGGUCAUGGCGUCAAUGUUCGCAACAGAGUUCCUAAAAAGUUGCACGACAAAACCCAGAGGAUGUCCAACUCCAACAAGCUCAAGAAGGCCUCGCGAGACGGUAAGAUCGUCAAGCACAAGAAGAAGGCCUCGCGAGACGGUAAGAUCGUCAAGCACAAGAAGGCCUCGCGAGACGGAAAGAUCGUCAAGCACAAAAAGAAGGCCUCGCAAGACAGAAAGUUCGUUAAGAAGAUGGAUCACCAAUCUAAGAAGUCGUGCGCAGGCGUCUGUGUCGAGGACGCCCAGGAGUGCACUCAUGGCACAAUAGUUAAGAGCAAGUGCCAUGAUGGACUCAAGUGUUGUGUCUCUGAUGAGCCAAGGGUGAAGACAGAGGAAAAGAGAAAAGUGUGCCGUGCCAACAAAAAGUGUACCAAGAAGAACGGCUCCUGCCAGCCAAAGAAAAUUUGUAGUGGAAACAUCGUGAAGGGGAAACUGUGCACCGGCGGCUGUGUGUGUUGUGCGUCCGUGGAUUCCUCGUGCAAGACCAAGAAGAGCUGCAAGGCAGUGAAUGGAGCAUGUGGGCCGUUGAGUCAAUCUUGCAGUGGACAGUUGCAUAAGGGCAAGCAGUACUGCAAGGGUAGUGGUUGUGGUUGUUGCAGCCCUACUGGUAAGAUUAUCAGCCCACCUUCUCAUCCUUACCCACAACUGAUGCUUUUAUUUAGGCUGGUAUGGUGUUUGUCCUCUAAGUUCGCGGAAACUUGUUUUUAUUUAAUUUUAAGUCUGGAUUCUACAUUUAAGGACAAUUUUAAUUUUAUUAACUAUAAGAAAUCUUUAGGAUUUGAGUUGAAUAGUGUUACUAAAAUUAGUUAAUUCCAAAAAUCAUGGUAGGUUAUAUUAGGACUCCAUGUUUUAAACAUAGGCUGUUUCUUGCAUAGUUCUGUAAAAAGAGUUCAAAUUAUCCAUCCAAAGUGUUCACGUUAUUUGCGAUUCUUGAAGGUGCUAUGAUACGAUAAAUAUCGUAAAAUCUUAAGGUAUUGAAGUAAUACCUUAAAGGUGUGACUUGCGAUAAUUUAAGGUGUUAUUUGUUAUAACUAAAACAUUCCUUACAGAAUAUUAAAAAAAAAUCUUAUUUUUUCAGAUAACUUUUAAAACGUUUUCCUCGAUACUUAACAGAGAAAAUUAAGUAUCAUGAGAUUUAGUAUUCAAAAUACGUUUCAAACACGUCACGUGGAAUAAUCUAAUCGACACGAUUUUGAAAAAUUUUCAUACAUCAUUUCAUUGCCUUCGGUCGAUAGUGUAUGUUGAAAAUUCCAAAAGAAUGUUGCAUUCACUGUAAUUUUUAGGUGUUGUUUUCGUUGCAAGAUUGUAUGGUGCUCCUCUAUACGUGAGCAUUUUUUCAAGAGUUUAGAUUCGUGGUGUAUGUUCGUGUGUGUCGUCUACCGCUUGUAUCUGCUCUCUAAGGCUUUGUCUAUUGUCUAUCGCUUGUGUGUAUCGUCUGCAGCUUAUCUCUAUCGUCUGCAUAUUAUGUCUGUUGUCUGCAUCUUGUGUCUAUUGUCUGCAGCUUGUGCCUGCCGUCUGCAACUUGUGUCUAUCGUUGACCACGUGUAUGUAUCGAAUUACGAUCAUCGAUGGAACAAUUACCCAAUAGGCACAAUAUCCAAGAGUAGCAUUAAUUAAACGUUGACUCAACGUUAUCGAUGUUAAUUCAACGUUGAAUUAACGUUUCUCUUGGAUGUUGUGUUCACUGGGUACAAACGUGUUAAAUCCCUUGUGGCAUACGUAAUACAGCCGAUGCCGAUCGCUUCAACAAACACCCCCGCGAAGGGAGGAGACAAACACCUUGAGCAAAUCUCGACUCUGCGGCGUCAAGACUUUCUUAAUAAAGUGACAAGUGUUCAAAAGAUGGUAGGGCGGUAUGUCCUUCGCCGUUGCUUCAAGCUAAUUCUCCUCUGGUGCUUCUUAUGGGUUUCCUUUUAUAGCAUAUUAUCACAGGAUUCCAGGCGUCCCUCCUAGCUGCCAUCCCCAGAGCCUGGAAGCUCAACAAACGAUACAUUAGACGCCAUACUUGAUUGAGGAGCAGCGGCGUCUUGAGUACCUCCUGUUAGUCACGUUCAGUCGCUCCCUGAAUGUUGCUGGGAUGGGUGAAGCUGGGACGAAUAUGAAGCGCGAUCACACACCGAACAAUUCUACCAGACCUUCCCAGAAUUCCUUUUUCACAAUAUAUAUGGUUCUGUAAAGUCUACCAUGUGACGUUAAGAUUAUUUUCUUCCACAAAAUCUUAUCGCAAGAACAUUAAUGCUAAAGUUGAAAUUAAAAGCAAACACGGAAACAUGAUGCUUAUUGCCGAAAACAUGCGAUGUGCAUUAUACCUGGCUUAAACACGCAUAGAAAAAAGGUGAUUUACGAAAAACAGCCUCAAUUAUCACAUUAAUUUUUGUCUAACAAUGUGUAUGUUUAAAUGAAAUAGUUUGUAUUUACCUAAUGUAUCUGAGAAAUGUAUUUUUAUUUAUUUUUCUAGAUUUUACAAUAAAUUUAAAAAUAACAUA